GGCCUUGUUUUCUUUGCACAAGAUGAAUGAAUCUAUAUUACAGCAAAAUCCUUUCAGAAACGUCUUCGAUGAAAUGAACCUUGAUUGUGAUGAUGAUGGAAUUCUGUUCCCACAAAUUGGCAAAUCAAAUAACGUAACUGCGAUGAACUUGGACACCAUGACGGUGAAAAUAGCGUGGUAUGAAAGGAAGAUUCCCAGAUAUAAGAAAUUGUUGAAGGAGAAUUUGCCAAAGUGUAUUCUGCAACAUGAAUCGAUG